AUGUAUCUGCGAUACCUGGUGCCAAGCUGGAGGAAAGUAACAACUCCGAAACACGCCAAGUACGUGAAGCUGCCGUGGAUCCCCCUCGCUCUCCAUGUCCUCAUCGGCACGGUCGAGCUGUUCCGAUACUACCACCUCGCCGUCACGGGCGAGCCCCCGGAACCCAACGUGACGGAUCUCGUACUCGGCCUGGGCAUGGCGGCGGGCAGCUUCCACCUGGCCGCGUAUGUGCACGAAGGGAACAUCCCCUUCGUCAGGACGACGUUCCAGGGGAUGGCGGCGCAGCGGGCGCUCGCCUCCACGCUGGGGUACGUGCAUGGUGACGCGCAGUGGCACCGGGCGUCCGUCAAGCUCCUGAACAACUUCACCUGGGUCCGGUGGAUAUGGGCGUGCGGAGGGCACCUCCAGGGCAUCCGAACGCACGGGGACGCCCUCACGGCGGCCGUGGUCGCGUCUCACCCGCUCGCGCUGUGGGAGGGCGACUACCCCGCGGGGAUUCCUCUUCUUGGGGCCAUCGUGUUCGCGCUGCUGGCCGUCGACAAGUGGGCAUCACGAAAACUGGACGGAAAACCAGGGUUCGUCCCCCGCGUUCUGGUGCAUUGCGGACUUGUCACCGUGAAGAAGGGAUACUUCGAAACGGCGUUGUCUGGGGAAAAGCUGGAGUAA